GUCUAGAACAAUUACCGAUACAUAUGGAUAGAUAGUCACCAAUAGUCACAAUAGUCACGAAGGUCGCGAAGGAAUAACAUUGUGAUUCAUAUACAAGUGUACAACGGAUCUACUAUACAAUUGCUACAGUACAGAUAAUAUUAGGAUACAAACGUAAUUUACGCUGGAUAAUGGAAGAAAAUGCAAAUGAAUUUACACCAAGAGCCUAUCAAAUUGAUUUAUAUGAAACUGCACACAAACAAAAUACAAUUAUUUAUUUACCAACUGGUAGUGGAAAAACUUUUAUAGCUGUUAUGCUUAUUAAAGCAUUAAGUGCUGAUAUACGAAAACCUUAUAACGAAGGUGGGAAACAUACUGUAUUCCUAGUUAAUACAGUCCCUUUAGUUACACAGCAAAGUGAAUAUAUUGCAAGAACAACUGGAUUGGCAUGUGGAGGAUACUGUGGUGAUAUGGGGGUUGAUUGUUGGAAAGAUGCUGAAUGGGCAAAGGAAUUACAAAAAUAUCAGGUUUUAGUAAUGACAUCUCAAAUUUUGUUAGAUGCAAUUUGUCAUGGGUAUAUACUUUUAAGUAGAAUAAAUUUACUGAUAUUGGAUGAAUGUCAUAGGGCUGUGUCAGAUCACCCAAUGAGACAAAUUAUGCAACGCUUUCAGUUUUGUCCUAAAGAAGAACAACCAAAAGUUUUAGGUUUAACAGCUACAUUAUUAAACUGUAAUACAAACAUGCCUAAAGUAGACUCAACUGUUCAGGCUUUGGAAACCACACUUCAUGCAAAAAUAGCCACAGUGAAUUCUGCAUCAGAAGUUCAAAAUUAUUAUGGGAUCCCAAAAGAAACAAUUGCUAAAUUUGAUGCUUAUAUUAUACCUGAUGUUGGAAUAGUUAUUAAUAAUUUAAUGGAUAAAAUAAUAGAAUUUUUGAACAAUAUAGAGUUACUGAUUUCCUUCAGGAACAUUGAAACGAGUGAAGAAUUCAAACCGAAAUCUGUAAAUAAAAAACUGAAGUCUGUACUACUAGAUAUUAGGGAACAGUUUGCACAUGCUGGAAUAUAUGGAGCAAGUAAAUCUAUUUUACUUCACAUGAUCCAAAUAGAAUGUAUAAAAAAAAAUACUCAAGAUGUGGAAACUGCGUACGUUUUGGAAUACUUUAUUUCAGAAUUCACAAGAUUUCGGAAAUUAUUAGAAGAUGAAAUGAAAGAUAAUGCAGAAGCAAACAAAAUUCACAGCUAUUCAUCCGAUCAAGUACGAAAACUUUUUGCUAUAUUAAAAGAAUUCCACAGAAACAGGUUUGAUAAUCAGAAAUUCUGUUGUAUUAUCUUUGUGCAGCGACGUUUCACAGCAAGUGUAUUGUAUCACGUAUUGAAGAAUUUAUCUAGAUAUGAUGAAGAAUUUAAAUUCUUAAAACCUGAUUACUUAAUUGGUUUUUCAAAUGAUCCUUACAAAACUAGCAAAGAAUCAGUAUGUUUAUCUAAAUGGAAUAUGGAAGUUUUACACAAAUUCAAAAAUGGCUCCACGAACUGUGUUCUUGCUACAGACGUUGUUGAUGAAGGUAUAGACAUACCAACUUGCACGUUGAUUGUAAGGUAUAAUUUGCCAAUGGAUAUUAGAUCGUAUAUACAAAGUAAAGGAAGAGCACGGUAUAUGACUAGCCAGUACACCUUAUUGUUGUCUAAAUCUGACAGUAACUAUAUAUCACGACUUGAAAGUUUUAAAAGAACAGAAUCAUAUUUACAAAAGCUAUUAAUUGGUCAAACGCAAUAUCGUGAAGAUAUAUCCGAAAAAAAAAUUAAAUCUGAAUUGUAUUCAUAUGAAAUAGAACCGUACACUGUUGUACAGCCUAAUGGAACAGUGUGUAUCAUAACAGAACAGUCAGCAAUAUCUAUUAUAAAUAUAUAUUGUGCAAAAUUAAUGAAUUUGAAGUAUGUAUGCUUAGCACCAACUUGGAAAUUAUAUAAAAUAAAGCAACAUAACCACGGAAAUGAAGAUGAAUUAUACAAGGUGUCGCUUAAAUUGCCAAUUGUGUCUCCUGUAAAAACUAUAGUAGAAGGAGAUCCUAUGGUAUCCAUUAAAUGCGCAAAGAGGUCUGCUGCAUUGAAAAUGUGUAUAGAACUGCAUAAACAUGGUGAACUAUCUGAUAAGUUAAUCCCCAAGACGGUGGAUUCUAGGAUACAGAAUUUAAAUUAUUUAUUCCCAAAUUGGGAAGAAGAGGAUAAGUCCGAAACAAAAAUAUAUGGGACAUACAAAAAGAAACGACAUCAUAAACUACAGUUUCCAUCAGCUCUGUACAGUGCAUAUCCCUUGCCAAACGAGGAAGUGUAUCUUCAUCUACUUCAGGCGACACCUACGUAUUCAUUAGCACAUGACGAUAAUCGUUCUUUGGUGUUUUAUAAUUUACUAUCUAAUGGCGCGGGUUUUGGGAUACUUUCUUCGAAGAGAAUGCCGCAGGUACCGUCUUUCCCAAUUUUUAUGAAUGUCGGUGAAUUACAAGUUGACGUUAAAAUUAAUGAUACACCAUUGUGUUUGUCUGCAACAGAAAUGAAAUGUAUAAAAGCCUUUCACGAUUUAAUAUUCAGUAAAGUUGUACGAAUUAUAAAAUCAUUUAUGGUAUUCGAUAAUUACAAUCGUGAUAAUUGUUUUCUAAUUGUCCCAGUUAAUGAAAAUAACGAAAUAAAUUGGAAGGUGAUACAUGAAUAUCAGCAAAUACAGUACAUACCACCACCAAAUCCUUUUUAUUUUGAGUAUGAUGAUUACGAGCUGGCAUUAGUUGAGCCAAACUAUAGAGCGGCUACAAAUGUAUAUGUAGUCACACAGGUUUGCGAGGACCUUACACCAAGUUCAUGCUUCCCAACUGAGAAUUUCUACUCGUAUGUUCAUUACUAUAAACAAAAACAUGGCCUAACAAUAAAAAAUUCAAAUCAACCAAUGUUAGAAGUAAAAACGAUAUCAAAGAAAAUUAAUUACAUAAAACCUAGACGUAUGCAAUCCGAAUCAAAGAAGCGCAAAUGUAUAGACACGGAUAAUGAUUUGAAGGAGCAUCUAGUUCCAGAAUUAUGUACUAUAAUUAAAUUUCCAGCUUUAUAUUGGCUGAAAGCGACAAUGUUGCCUUCCAUAUUACACAGAGUUUCGCAACUUUUAAUUGCGGAAGACUUAAGGUGUACUAUAGCUAAGGAAGCCAAUUUAGGAUUAGUAUGCAGUGAUAAUCGUUGGCCUUCGUUAGUAAUUAAAGAUGAAGAAAGAGAAGAAUCGCUUGAUUCUAUAAUGGAAGUUUCUCUUGAUGAAUGUGUUGAAAAUCCGCAACCAGAACCGGUAUUAAGCGGUCCAGAAAUAGACGUUUUGAAUACUGACGCGCUUUGUUAUCCAUGGGAAAAAGAUGAAGAACCGCAAAAUUUAUUCAAAACCAUUGAAGAUGUUCGAAUGAUUGAUAUUGAGCAUUAUUGUCAAUUUAUGACUAGCGGGUACAAUACAGACGCCAUCACAAUGACAAUUAAGCAAGUUAAAUUUAAGAAUAAGCCGUCGGUUCCAUUGCGUAGUUUGAAAAUAUUAUCGACGGAUAAUUCACGAAGUCCAGACCCUGUACAAAUUACGUAUGCGCUGACAAGUAAAUUAGGAAAUGAUGCGUUUGACUUGGAACGAUUGGAGACAUUGGGAGAUGCAUACUUGAAAUUUAUUGUAUCAUUAUUUUUGUAUACUAAUUUUCCAGACUAUAACGAAGGUCCACUGACAGCAUUGAAGGGAAAGAUAAUUGGAAAUCGUAACCUUUACUACUGUGGAACAAAGAAACUGAUCCCAGGACGUAUAAAAGUCGAUGACUUUAUACCCUUAAGCAAUUUCAUUGCUCCCACGUAUGCAAUAUUUAGACCGCUUCAGGAGCUGUUAUUAGCGGCGCAGGUAUCGCCAAAUGUUUUGUAUGAAAUACACAUACCAAAAAACGAACAAUUUAAUGGCUGUGUGACUGAAGUUACACAAGAUACAAUUAAAACUAAGAUUUUAAACUGGGAACAGGCUGAAUUACAAACUGGUCUUGAGCAUUUUCUUGGAAUACAAACUGUUUCUGAUAAAACAGUUGCCGACUGUGUAGAGGCACUGAUAGGGGUCUAUCUUACAAAUAUGGGUAUUAAACAUACUGUCACUUUGCUACAGUGGUUCGAAAUUUUGCCAAAACAAACUGAUGUUAAUCAGUUAUUAUUUAGUGUGUCUGAAAAUUCUAUUAUUGAUGCCGAAACUAUCAAUUAUUUCAUGCCGUGGGCUUCCGAUAUAGAAAAGAGACUAAGUUACAAGUUUCAAAAUCGAGGGUUUUUGUUACAGGCUUUCACACAUCCCUCGUUCAGUGCAAAUACUACAACUGAAUGUUAUCAAAGACUGGAAUUCCUUGGUGAUGCUAUUCUUGACUUUUUAAUUACGUGUUAUAUUUAUGAAAAUUGUGGAAAUUUAAAUCCUGGUGCUUUGACAGACUUAAGAUCUGCUCUCGUUAAUAAUAUUACAUUUGCAUGUUUGGCUGUGCGAUAUGGUUUACAUACUGCGCUUUUAGCUUAUGCGCCACAGUUGAAUGAUGCUAUAAAUCGUUUUGUUAAAUUCCAAGAGGAAAGGGACCAUGUUGUAAAUGAUGAGCUUUUAUGGAUUUUACUAGAAGAAAAUGAAUGUAAUAUGGCUGAAUAUGUAGACGUCCCUAAAGCUCUAGGAGAUAUAUUUGAGACUACGAUAGGUGCAAUAUAUUUAGAUUGUGGAAAAAGUCUUACCACAGUUUGGGAAAUAAUUUAUUCUCUCAUGUAUAAGGAAAUUGAUGGAUUUAGUAAAAAUAUUCCUAAACAACCGGUUCGUGUAAUACACGAAACUCAAGGAGCCCACCCACAAUUUUCGCAAGUAGUUCCUAUUGAAGGCUCGAAUUCUUGCAUGGUGUCAUUAAAAGUCGUUAUUGCUGGGAAGUUGAAACUCUUCCAUGGGUUUGGUGGAAAUAAAAAGCAAGCCAAAAGCGCUGCUGCGAAGCAAGCUUUAAAAUAUUUGUUGUACAAAACUUAAGGAAAAUGAAUU